GGGUGGCGGCUGCCGGGGCGGGUGCUGGAGCUGGUGUUCUCCUACCUGGAGCUACGCGAGCUGCGGAGCUGCGCGCUAGUGUGCAAGCUGUGGCACCACGUCCUGCACGGCGACGAGAACAGCGAGGUGUGGCGCAGCCUGGCCGCGCGCUGCCUGGCCGAGGAAGCGCUGCGCACCGACAUCCUCUGCAACGUGCCCACCUACAAGGGCAAGGUCCGUGCCUUCCACCACGCCUUCAGCACCAACGACUGCUCCCGGAACGUCUACAUCAAGAAGAACGGCUUCACGCUGCACCGCAACCCCAUCGCCCAGAGCACCGACGGCGCCAGGACCAAGAUCGGCUUCAGCGAGGGCCGCCACGCCUGGGAGGUGUGGUGGGAAGGGCCGCUGGGCACCGUGGCCGUCAUCGGCAUCGCCACGAAGCGGGCGGCCAUGCAGUGCCAGGGCUACGUGGCCCUGCUGGGCAGCGACGACCAGAGCUGGGGCUGGAACCUGGUGGACAAUAACUUGCUGCACAACGGGGAGGUGAACGGCAGCUUCCCGCAGUGCAACAACGCGCCCAAGUACCAGAUAGGCGAAAGGAUUCGAGUUAUCCUGGACAUGGAAGACAAAACGUUAGCGUUUGAGAGGGGCUAUGAGUUCUUGGGAGUUGCGUUCAGAGGACUGCCCAAAGUUUGCCUGUAUCCAGCAGUGUCUGCCGUAUAUGGUAACACAGAAGUGACUUUGGUCUACCUGGGAAAACCUUUGGAUGGAUGACGGAUGGUUUCGUUGGGACGUCACGAUGUGGAUGACUGGGAGGAGAAAUCUGCAUGUUGGUUAGAGGGAAACAUGUAUUAGAGAAAAAAAUAAGUGUGUGUCCAAGAACCAUCGAGGAAACCAUACAGAAUUUUGAAAUGGAGGACCAGCCAUACUUCAGGAAUUGUUACAUUUCCUCUUUCUACCAGGCCAGAAAAAUCCUCAGGGUCGCAGUUGAUUGAGUGGGAAGCUGACACAUGCAUGUUGCAACAGAUUUCAUUGCUAGGAUGGCAGUGUGUGACCUCAGAUAUUUAAGGAAGGAUUUGAUAUAAAACUGCUUGCGGAAAUUAACCCGAGGUUUGUAAGUAGUGUGUUUUGUGAAAGACUCCCAUUUUAAAACUGCUUGUUCCUCCCCUUCCCUUCCCUCCUCGGGGCUGACGUGGGUACCGGGGAGAGCGAGUCUGGUUGGGUUUUAUUUACAGUUUUUAACAUACCGAGGAGAGCCGUCUGUCCAGGCUGCCCUCCUCUGGUAUAACGAUAUCAAAAUGUGUGCAGCUAUUUUUAAGUGUAUUUUAAGAAUUGUAUAUAUGGAACACGUCGAAAAGAACAGUUAAAUCAAAAGGAAGGGUUUGCUUUAUUCUAACUGGGGUAUAAUUUCUUGAAGGGGCUUCAGGAAAACUUUGAAUAACAUUCAUGUAAGUGUACUUCUUCUGUUGUGUUGUAGAGCAUUUGGGAGUGCCCUUGUGGAGUACGGUGCUGCGUGGAUUCUUUUUCUGUGUAGCUGAAAGCUUCCGUAGCUUCAGCAAUAGUUCUGUUCUCCGUAGGAAACACAACCAAAAUUGCCCUGGAAGUUUUGUUCUUCCAAAAUUUAUGGUCCACCUUUAAGAAAAGAAGCUGCAGCACGGUGCUGAGCUCAUCUUCAUUUCCACGUCAAAAAUACAAGGUUUUAAAAACA